AUGGCUGAGUCAAGUAGCCAUUCAAUCUCUUCAUCAAAUAAGCCCACAUGGACAUCGAAAUCCCAGCCAAAGCGAACCAGAGAUGAAGAAAUAAUCAAUGGCGAAAAGAGGAGCAGAACUGGUAAUGAUAAUGCUAAUAGCAAGCAUCCGGUGUACAGGGGAGUGAGAAUGCGGGCAUGGGGCAAAUGGGUUUCUGAAAUAAGGGAGCCCCGGAAGAAAUCUCGGAUCUGGCUCGGAACCUUCGCGAACCCGGAAAUGGCCGCUCGAGCCCACGAUGUAGCAGCUGUAGCCAUUAAAGGCAACAACGCUAUUUUAAACUUCCCUGAAAUCUCACACUUGCUGCCUCGCCCCGCCACGUGCUCCCCACGCGACGUCCAGGCCGCCGCUAACAAGGCUGCUCACAUGGACCACCUGCCGGAAGUGACUUCACCUUUGCCGUGUAUGACGUCAUCUUCCUCCUCUACGUCGCUCAUAUCGUCCUCGACAGUGACGUCAUCCUCCAUACAGUCGGAGGAUGUUUCCACAGAAAGCGGGGAGGCACAGGAGGAGUUGAGUGAGAUAGUGGAGCUGCCGAUUCUGGAGGCGAGUUUCGAUGUGGAGGUGAAUCGGGCGGCGGAUUUCGUGUUCGCCGAUGAUGUGGGGUGGAACUAUAAUCACCCGUGGUUGCACGAAGAUUGUGGGUUUUUUGGUGAUAAUCACAUGAUUGAGAAUAUGAUUUUCUGGUAA